AUGGUUGACAACAAAGGAGAUACAACCAAGAAACAACCACCACCGCAACCACAACAACUUUCUUCUUCUUCUCCCAAAGACCCACUUGAAGACUCUUCCAAAGAAAUCGUUACCAAAACCUCUCACCACCACCACCACCAACAGCCGGUUGUGGUAGCCGGAGGAGCUCCCUUUAUCCCCUCUGCUCCUUUAUACAUCCCAAUUGGUGCAACAACUUCUCCAUUUGAACAACAAUUCGAAACCCCCAAAAGACAAAGAUUCACCACUACUGGCCAAUGGAAGUCAUUACCAUCCCCAUCUUCUCAACAAAAACAGCAAUCGCAACUGGCCAGCGAAUCAACCCCGUCACCCACCCCCAACCCACAAAACCAACAACUCAUGACGACCCCCACCGUCGUGGCCGCUUCCUCAUCAGACACAGCGUCAUCUCCUUUAAACUCACCUAUUCCUUCUCUCUCUACAAGCAAACAGGAAGGAGAGAGAGUAAUCCACCACCAGUUCAGAAAAGGCAAGUACGUGAGCCCAGUUUGGAAACCAAAUGAGAUGUUAUGGCUAGCAAGGGCUUGGAAGGCUCAGUACCAAGGUGGGUCUGGUUCAUCAUCUUCAAGACCAGCCGAUCAGACUCCAGGAUCAGCACUUGAAGUCUCCACAGUCCAAACAGCAAGAGGAAAAACAAGAGCUGACAAAGACAGGGAAGUGGCAGAGUUCUUGAACAGACAUGGAAUCAAUAGAGAUGCCAAGACUGCUGGUACUAAGUGGGAUAAUAUGUUGGGUGAGUUUAGGAAAGUAUAUGAGUGGGAGACAGGAGGGGAGAGAGAACAAGUUGGUAAGAGUUAUUUCAGAUUAUCUCCUUAUGAGAGGAAGCUGCAUAGAUUGCCAGCUUCUUUUGAUGAAGAAGUGUUUGAAGAACUGUCUCAGUUCAUGGGACCUAGAAUUAGAACUGGAACUUCUUCUCAUAGCAGAGGAGCUCUCAUGAAUAUUGUUGGUUCUGGACCUUCUGGUGGUAGUGAUGAUAGUAGGACUCCCUUUGUUACUGGUAUAAGAGCUCUUCCUCCUCCACCCACUUUUAAGGAUGAGGACUUGAUCCCUCUCUCAGUGAGGUCUAAGCAACUGGUGAUGACAAGUGGGGGUGAAGGUUUGUUUCAUGGAGGGAGGGGGGGAUUGUUAGGAUUCGAAUCCGGAGGUGAAGUAGGCGGUGGUGUUCGUCGAAUUGGGAAGAUAAGAAUGACAUGGGAGGAAUCAGUGUGUUUGUGGGCUGAAGAAGGAGAGCAUCAUAGAGGGAGAGUAAGACUUCAAGGUUCGAGCUUUCUAAAUGCUGAUGAGCUCGCUUUCUUAGAUGAUUCAAUGGUUGCUUGUACAAUGGAAGCCUUUGAAGACGGCUUUCUAAAAGGUUUAUCUGUUGAUAGAUUCCUUCCUGGCCAACAAGUCAAAGUCUUUGGCAGAAGAAAAUCUUCUACUUCCACUUCUCUAGCUUCCUCUGGUUUUGGUACAGAAAGAUUUCAGCUGCCCUUAUCAGAAACCUCCAUAAGACCAAUUUCUCCGUGGGAGUCCCAAGACCCAACUGAGUACUAUGUGGGAUGUUUAAGGGUUCCUCCAACGACGCUUACAAACUUGUUUGAGCUCUCAUGGUAUUUGCAAGAGCCACCGCCGGAGGAGCUACGUUUCCCACUUCGGAAAGAUGUGUACAAAGAACUACCACAAGGGAAGGAGCUCUUCUUCACAACCUCUACUGAACUGUUAGACUGUAGAGCCAUCACAUAUGAUAUCUUAAGCCCAAUUAUACGCACCAAUUCUAGCAUCAGUGCUUCCACUGCCACAUGCAGAGACUCUUUUGUUGGUGUUUGGGAUGAUUGCGUUAAUAGGAUCAUAUCCAAGUUUUGUUCAGUCGAAAUGGUUAUAAUUCGAAAACCCACGUUUUCAUCAUCGGCUGAGAUAUUGCAAGAUCAGUGGCCGAAUGUAACUGGGUUUGUUAGAAACUUUUGUUUAUGGAGAGGUGAAGAAACUGAUCAAGUACGAGAAGGUCAAGUAGACCCGGCUUCUUCAAUUGUUGAGAAGCUCCUAUGGACGUACAUGGACCUCCCUUACAUUUUAGGCUACUAUGCAGUUGGCAAUUUAGUAACAUUUUGCGCAUUAAGCCGGUCUCAUGACAGAAUUAUCCGGACCGAUCUCUAUUCGUUAGACUUAUCUUCACCUGCGGAGAGACUAAAAGCCCUAAUCCCAUGUUACAGAAUUGCUGGUCUGCUGCCGUUGUUAGGUGAUCGAUGCUUCAAUAUGAGCAAUGGCAAUAUUGUUGGUAAUGUAAGGUUACCAUACAGUGAUUUCGAGAGAAUUGAUUUGGGUAAUGGAAAUUUAAUGGAAAUGACGCCCAACACAGUGACUAGGUACUUCUCUAGUAGGAGGAAAUUUGCUGCUGUAAAAGAAAUUUACGAUUUCCUCGAUCAGAGAGUCCCGCAUGCAGAGUUUAUUUAUCGAUCGCUAGAUAAUGAGUCAGCAUUGGUGUUCAAGCCUAGAGGGUGCAAAUUCAAGCCAUCAAGUUUUGAACAACUAGUGGAGGCACUGAAAAGCGUGACCAAAGCAUUGGUGGCAUUACAUGAUUUGUCUUUCAUGCACAGGGACUUAAGUUGGGACAAAGUGAUGCGGAGGAGUGAUAGGGAGAACGAGUGGUUUGUUUGUGGUUUUGAUGAGGCUGUUUGUGCACCACAAUUGUACCCGCACGGCGGAGGAGUGGAAGCUCGUGGGAAGCACCCGCCGGAGAUGGGAAGAGGACUCCACGGGGUUAAGGUGGAUGUGUGGGGUGUUGGUCACUUGGUUAAAACUUGUGGGUUAGGUCCAUGUAGUGUGCCUAAGAUGCUUAGGGAGUUGCAAAAUAGGUGCUUGGAUCAGAACCCUGAAAUGAGACCCACAGCCGCCGAUUGCUACCACCAUUUGUUGCAGUUGCAGUCAGCUUCCGCCGGUGUAGCUUAUUGAAAUGACGGAUUGAUAUGUACGUGUAGUCAGAUAUAUAUGCUACAGUUUGAUAUUAUGUGACGUGGCAUGAGCAGAUUAGGUGAUGGGGGGUUAUUAAGGUUCUGAUUGAUUGUGUUUUGUGGUGUAUACCUUGGUGGUGGUAUAGCAUUUCAUCACAACAGGGUCCGUUGUUUUAAUGUUGAUAAUACCUUAAACACGUUGGAAGAGUGAAAUGUGGUAUUAAAAGCAGGUUUUUUGUUUGUUCAGAGGGUGAAAUGGCGGCUGCUGUUGCUGGAAGGGCGGCUUCUGAUCAGUUAGUCACUAUCUAUCAAAUUCAG